GAGCCGACAUGAGCCGGACCAACGACUAACAACAUGGCACCUGCACAGCUGCAGUCCGACACCUCCAGCGCAGAUUUCCUUCACAACGUCCAGAGGGAAACUGAGCACACAUCCACCCGAACACUUCUACAUAUUUCAAACCUUUAGAUGAGUUCCUCUACGGACAGCAUGCUCCAGUCGGAGGUCCAAAGCUACGCUAAACAUCGCUGGUUGCUCACCAUCGCUGGACUCCUCUUCUACGUAGUGGAUGUUCUCACUGAUGUGCUCCUGGCGCUGAGGUAUUUUCAGCAGAAGGAUUAUUUAUGGACUGCUCUGACUCUGACGUUUGUUCUGACUGGGCUGCUGGUGACGCAGAUCUUCAGCUAUUCGUGGUACUGGGACGACAUCAAUGACCCUCUGCAGAACCCAGAUGGAGAACCCAAAAUAUCCGGGAUGUCCAGAGGAGCCAUCGCUGCCCUGCACCUGCUGGGGGUGGGCAUCUUCACCAG